AUGCGGACCCCUGGAAGAGUUUUAAAGCUAGUUACUCUUAAGGCCAAGCAGGCCAAUGCCCUCUUCUGGUCUCCCACUGGCAAACACAUGAUCAUAGCUGAUGGGUUAAAUGGCAAGCUUGAGUUUUACAUUGUGGAUAUGCUUAUGACUAUGGCAACCGUUGAAAACUUCAUGGCCCAUAUCAAGUGGGAUCCAACUGGAAGGUACGUUGUAACUGUAGUGGCAUCAGCGGUGAUGGAGGAUGGGUUUUACAUUUGGUCCUUGUAUGGGAAGCUGCUUUACCGAACACUCAAGGAACUUGUCUUUCAGUUUGCUUUGCGUCCAAGACCACCGUCUUUGUUGUCGGAGCAAAAGGAAAAAGAGGUGAAAAAAAAUCUGCGGCCAUACGUGGAGAGGUACGAGGAAGAAGACAAAGAAGUCUUGGAUUUGUUAAGCAGGCAAGAGAUGGAGAAGAGGAGAGUGAUGGAAGAAGAAUGGGAGAUGUGGAUAAACAAGUGGAAACAGCUGCACGAGGAAGAGAAACUCCAAAGGUAA